UGUAAACAAGGCGGCAAGAAUGUAGAAAUUGAAAAAUUAUACAGUGUAAAAUGUCUUCCGUUAGCAAAAAAAGCGUGUCAACAUUAUUCCAACCUCUUCCAUUAACACCACAAACUUUUAAAGACGUAAAGAAUUUAAACUUGAGGGACUUAAAACGCCUCUGUAUUGAUGCAAACAUAAAAACUGAUGGUGUUGGUCGCAACUCAUUAGAAAUCUUAUUAUGUUUUGAGCUUAAUAUUUUGACAUGUGGUAACAGCGAAAAAAACGACUUUUGUAUUAAGGAGCCAAAGAUUAAAAACCAUUUGUUAGAUAAAAAGCAGCUACUAGAAUUUCAGCAAUUAUCCCCCAAUUAUCUUUUAAAAUUGCCAGGAUGGACAAAGCAGGUGCCAGAUAUAGACCUUGACCUGUCAAUGGUAAAGAAGUACCUAUUAAACUGUCAAGUGUCUGAUUAUGAUAAAACCUCAUUACGACAGUAUAAACUAACUAGAGCAUAUCAGCACCUGGAUGCUAAACACCUUAAUAAUGUCUCCUUCAACCCAAUUGUUGACAGUGACACAUUUUGUGCUGUAAAAGCCAGCUGUUUGCCAUCACAGAGUGGUGAAGAAGCAAAGACAAAGUAUCUUCACAUAAUUUUGGAUCAGCACACAUCAGAACCAUACGGUGCAUUUUGCACUUGCACAGUUGGACUGACUCAAGCAUGUUCCCAUAUUGGGGCACUUUUGUUUUUAUUGGCAGAAGUAGUAUCAAGGGGGGAAAAUUUACCAGAAGAUAAGGCUGUUACAGAAAAUUUAUGCAGUUGGACAAAUCCUAAAGGUGCCAAGGUUGAGCCUAAAAAGGGUGAAGACAUUGAUAUAAGAAACAAACCUUCCAGUUUAAAAACACACAUAAGUGACAUUGCACCGAAGCUGUCUAAAGAGAGGCAAUACCAAAGAACUCUUCAACUGUUGUAUGACAUCAGGAAUGCUAAUUCCAGAGAUGCUAUGCCUCCAAUUGUCAACAUUGUUGACCUAGCAAGAUUCAGACCCGUGAAGCAACCAGAAGUGAAAGGACCAUGGUCCAUGCCAGACACAGUAACUGAAUUUUAUCCUGGUAUUUGCUAUGCAGAAAGUAUAGAUGUGGAAACAACACCACCAUCAUUAACGGAAAUACCUCAUCAACAGUUCCAAUCUAUUGACGAUAAUGGUUACCAGGAGGGAUUAAAUACUUACAUCAAUUUAAUUAUGAAAACUUAUAAUCAAGCUGAUAUAAGCAAAAUUGAAAACCUGACUAGAGGUCAAUCUGCCAAUGAAGAAUGGUUUCGACAUAGAAUAGGGGCAAUAACAGCCAGUAAGGUUGUCCGUGUACUAAGUAAUAAGAAGAAUCAAGAUAAUUUUUUGAUUGAUAUUAUGAAAUACAAACCAAAUGAUCUUUCCAGAGAUUGUUAG